AUGUCUUUUAUCACCUUCCUCCUCCCCGACGUCGAACAACAGUUCGACCAAGAGUUGGCACGCCUUGUUUCCAGCAAAGAGGAACUCUUAAAGUACAACAAUACUCUAAGAGUGGAUGGGCGAGGAACUCUUCGAGUACAACAAUACUCUAAGAGUGGAUGGGCGUCCGAAGAGACCGUGUGGGGCGGCACAAAUAUUCGCGGUGGAUUUUUUCAAACGACCACUACCCCGACCACUACUACCACUACUACCACCACCACUGCCACCCUGGAGAUCCUGGAGAACUCCGAAACCAACGUCUACCAAGAGGAGGUAGAAUACCUCUUGGAAAUAUUUGAAAGCCAAGGAGAAGAGACGUUGGAGGAGUGA